AGCAUUUACAGUAUUCGUUUAUUCUGGGCAUGUAUGAAUAAAGGAACUAGAGAUGGUGAUAGACUAAAACAAUAUCUUUUGGGGGGGAUUGGUCCUCAAUAUAGUCUAAGUAUCUAUUUCCGCUCCACAUAGGUGUUCUUCCUGGUUGUUGAUUCGGUUUUAAAGUAGCAACAUUUCGGCCUCGAGCAAGUUCCAAUAGAAUGCAUGCGAUGAUACAAACUAGCACUCGAGCUUUCGAAAGUGUACCGUCUAUGUAACGUCUUUUUGCGAUUUGAGGCUUCUUUGCGUUGCAGGAUUCGUGCAAUGCGGUAUUCAUUUUGAUUUGAGUCCAAAAUGCCCGACUGCUGUGCUGCUGCAAACUGCAAGCCGAGUACGGACCAGUCCAACGUUUUCUUCUUUAGGUUCCCGCUGGAUCCGGAUCGAUGUAAACAAUGGGUAGGAAACUGUCGCAGAACAGAUCUUGAGAGCAAAACCCCUGCAUUUUUACACAGCAACUACAAAUUGUGCUCCAAACAUUUUGAGGCGUCAGUGAUAUGUCAACAAAGCGAUCUGAAGUCUGUUUUGAAGGAUGAUGCAGUUCCUACUAUAUUUGACUUUACAACCAACCAGGAGAUGGCACAAAAUAGCAGCAGGAAAAGAACAAUAGAGACAACUGGAGAGGAACCAGUUGUCACAAAGAAAACUAAAGGUACCACAGAUAACUCAAAACUCUCUGAAAUAACAACAGAAGUUAAAGUUGAGAGUGACCCUGGUGAGAACAUCGAAACGCAAAAUCCUCCUGUACAUGAUGAAUCGGAGAAGGAGGAUCCUGCUAUUUCCAAAGCCAAGGAAACUUUGAAAGACUACUUCAAAGAGACUUUAGCCUUGACUGGUUUCAGCAUCCGCAACAAUGCAACUCUCACCCCUGCCAAACCACUGGGGAAAGACCCAGCUGGACCACUCUCUGCCAAUGCCAUAUGUGCAGAGAAGAUUGACUGGAAAGAAGUGCUCACCUUAGGCGAGGAUGUUAUGCGGGAGGAGAUUCGCAAUGGCUUGCGCCUUGCACGCUUUUUCUCCAUACUCCUCGAAGACAAGAUAAACAUUGAGGGCAAGGACCAGAUCCCUGUGUUUGUCCGCUCCAUGACAGGUGUGGGCUUCCCGCAAAAGCACCUUAUGGGAUUCCUUCCCUGUGACGUUGACUCUGAAAAUCUGUUUCUAAUGCUUAUAUCUGAAAUCCGCAAUAAGUGGGGCCUGCGAAUGGAGCACUGCCGCGGGUUUACAUACCUGUCAACCGGUAGCAUGUGUCUUAAGUUGAAGGAGCUCGCCUGCAGGAUGCUGCGGGAUUUUCCACAGGUGGUGUUAUCCCCCUGUGAACCUUACGCCUUCAAUGUGUGGUUGAUUCGCUCCAUACCAAUCCUUUCAAUUCAAGACGUUGUUAAUACUGUUGAGGAGGUCGCCGCCAUUAUUAGGCAGUCGGAAACUCUGGCGAAGAAGCUUGAUGCCAAGAUCACUGCUUCAUAUGGCCACAUCAAAGGUGAGGUGGAUAGAAUCAAGGAUGCUUGCCAGAACCAUUGGGAAUACGGCACUGAUGCUUUCCAGACGAUGCUUGAAAUCUUGGAGCCCGUUUUGAACAGCAUUGGAGAGAUGUGCACCAGUGCCCUUUCAAAUGUAGACGCAGACACUGUCGAAGCGCUUCUAAAACUUAGAGAGAAGCUAAAGAAUUUUAAUUUCAUCAUUACUCUUGUGGUCUUGAAGAGUACAUUGUGUUGUGUAAGCAUCCUGAACCCUAGUCUCAGGGGAAUAAUCAGUGUCAGCAGCACUUUACAAUAUACCAUCUCGAACGCCUUAAAGCUUCUCACCAAACAUAUGCAGGAGAUUGCAAUUUUUCAUAGGAAGUGGUUCUCUGAUGCACUGGGCAGAGCUAAGAAUUUGGGUGUGCCAGUCAGUUUGCCAGUGGAGUUGGUGACAAACGGUGAAGGUGCAGAGAAUACCCAGACCUCAUUGGAGGAUUACUACAGGGAAGCACUGAGUAAGAAGGUCUUGCAAUACCUUGUUGAUGAAGUCAAAAGAGUCCUUGGCCCUGAAAUGAUAAGAAUCCUACGAUGGUUGUCAUUGGUGCCAUCAUACAUGGCUGACCACAAUUUUAGCAUCCGCAAAGAUAAAGUUGCUGAUGCUAACCUGAAUAACUUGGCUCGACCUGACUCAUUUUAUGAUGAGCUGGGCUGUUGGGAAGUUAAAUGGAAGCAUGCUAGCAAGCGAAGGAUUCUUCCCACCAAUGUAAAUGCAACCCUAAAGAUCCCAGAUAUAGGCUUUUACCCAAAUAUACAAAGUCUGUUGAGGGUGCUGGGUACCAUCCCAUGCAUCAAAGCUGAAGCAGAUGUGUAUGGGCAGUAUGAGAUGGUGCUGGACAGGUAUCGCUCCUAUAUGAAGGAGGUACCAGUGGAAAGGAGACUGUCCAAUUUGGCCUUUGUUUAUGUCAAUCAAGACGUACACUUCAGCAUUGAGGAAAUGGUGGAGGCGUAUAUUAAGAAAUAUCCAGAAAUCCUGGAGCAGUUGCAUGAGGAUGAAGCAAUGGAAGUUCAGCCAUCAGUUCCAGAAACAAGUGCAAAUUACAUUGCUGAAGAAGAUAUGGAAGAACCAAGAGAGAUGACUUUAAAUAUGGAAGCUGAGAGACAAAAGCUGCAAGAGUGCUCAGAAACUGAUAAAGAGGCUUUGAAAUCUGCAUUAAAGGCUGCUGUCACUGCAGCCUUUAGCAGGCAAAGCAGACAAUCUCAUGGUGAUCAAGAUCAAGAAGUGGAAUACGUGACAAAAUCUGAGAUGACUGAAGUCCUUAAAGUGUGUGAGGAUGUUGUCAGGGAAAGAAUUCUUUCCGAGGUUGGAAAUUCAUUCUUCUCCCUUUUUAUUGACCGAGUUGUCAGGCUUGGAGAGACAGACUACUUACCCAUGUUCCUCAGAUUUGUUGACAGUUUUGAUGUCAUGCGCCUUGAGCUUAUGGGAUUUGUCGAGGUUACUUUCGACACAGAGGCCAUGUGUGAACAACUUUUUGAUGUCAUCACUAAAGAGUGGCAUCUGGAUUUGAGCUACUGUAGGGGUCAAGCUUACCUUGGCUCUGGUGAAGUGUCCUACAAGCUCAAAGCCUUUGCAUGCAAAAUACAGGAGAAGUAUCCACUUGCUAUAUGCACACACUUCUCAUGUUACUCUUUCAAUACCUGGUGGUCAAGGUCAGUUCCUGUUGCCACAAUCAUCAGAGCCAUUGAUACAUUAGAGGAGAUAGUGUCAUAUUUCCGCAGCACUCCUUCCCUUGAGAAACAAUUAGAUCAGGUCUUAGCCAUAGGCCUGAGAGAGAGCUAUGAGAAAAUCCAGGAGCUUCAAGGAAAAUUCUGCUCCUCUUGGCUGGAGAAGCAUGACUCUUAUGAAGUCUUUGCUCAGAUUCUAGAGCCUUUGGCUGAGUGUCUCGAAAAUAUUUAUAACGGCACGCCACAAAAAUGGAGUUUGGCAGUAGCCAACCGAGCCAAGAGACUACUUCAGUUGAUUCAGGACUUCGACUUCAUCGUGGCAAUUGUUGCACUGAAAAAUGCCUCGUCCUUCACUAGAGAACUGAGUGCAGCACUACAGAAAGACCAUUUUAGUGCUGCCUCACAGCUCUCUCAGAUCAGUGGCAUUGUGGCCACGCUCAACCGGGUGAAGACCAACAUCAAGGUUUUCCAUCAAAACUGGUUUGAUGAAGCUUGUGCUUUUGCUCAGAAUCUGGGUGUGCAGGUUAAAGUGCCUGAUAGUGUGACAGUUCCAAGGGACAGCCUCUUGAAGCCAGGUACGUACUACAAAGACGCAACAAGUGUCCCUUUAGUUGAUCACCUCAUAAACAUGGUGAAGGACUAUUUUUCUGAUGAUCACAAGGAGGCACUGAACCUUUUGUCCUUGGUUCCGAGCUCUGUUACGAUGAGCUAUGUUUUUGAAACACUCAAGUCAAAACCUCCAUUGUACGUCAGUGACCUUCCGGAUCCCGACAACUUUUUUACUGAGCUCAGUUGCUGGAAAGUUAAGUGGAAAACAAAAGUGAUUAGUGUAAACAUACCAGAGACCAUUUUCGAGACUUUGCGCCUACCACUCAUGCAGUACUUUGUAAACAUCAAUACGUUGCUGAAGAUUAUGUGCGUGUUGCCGAGCACGGCUCUGGAAUAUUGCGGCAAUGUGAAGCGUCAUGCAAUGUAUCAAGACUACUUGAGCAACACCUCGCCUAAGGAUAGAUCACCGUGGUUAGCCAUGCUUCAGAUGGGCACUGACUUUGACAGAGACCUAGACAGGAUGGUUACUCGGUGCUUAAAUGUCACACCUAAGACUCUGGAGGGCAUAUGCCUGGACAAAGAAUCCAAAACUUUAGUGAGAACUGCUGAAAUAAAAACAGAGGAUGACAACCACAAAGAUGGAGCAGAGGACAUGGAAACUCAGCAGGGCAAAGAAUCCAGAACACAAGAGAUGAAUUCUGAAAUGGCAAUAAAAGAAGAAGACAUCCACAAAAAGGCAGCAGAGAGUACAGAGUCUCGGCAGCAGUCUGAAAACACAGCUGAAGUUGUGACUGAGGAGCAACACAUAAAUUCUGUUGAAGAGAAGCAGACUGUGGAUAAGAAUGGCGAUUCUGUUGAGCCAGCAAACAACAUGCAUAACUUUGUAAAAGUCUUCAAACAGGCAGCUAUGCUUGCAAGGAGAAACUGCACAUUGAUUGACCUCAGUAAAGAGGAGCAAGAUGAUGUGGUUCAGAAGCUUGCCUCAUGUCAUUGGGUUCAGGAAGAAGGGAAGUUGUUUUCAGAGGAGGAAAUGCUGCAAAGCAUCGUGAAAGCCAUAAGAGAAACGAUCAUCACUGAAGUUCAGGACUCCCCUUUCUUUUCCAUCAUCACUGAUAGAGCUAUCUCAGUGGGCGAGACAAAGUUCCUACCAGUCUUCGUUAGAUAUGUGAAUGACUGCAUUCCUAAAGUGGAGCUCAUAGGUUUUCUGCCUUUUGAUGAAAGCUCUGAUGUAAAUUUGCAAGCAAAGGCCCUGUCAGCCACUCUUGAGGAUGAAUGGGGACUUCAGAUGGGCUGCUGUCGUGGCCAGUCCAUCAUGUGCAUAGGUACAGGGAGCCAAAGUCUCAGGAAGAUGGCCUUGGACUUUCUAGAGGGCUAUCCAUUAGCUGUGAACACACCCAGUGAGUCUUGUGGACUUGCCUAUUGGCUGGCUUUAAGCCUAAAGAAUACCUCCAUCACAAAGGUUCUAGAGAUAGCUGAAGAUCUGUUACAAUUUUUCGACCAGUCACCCAGACUAGAGAGUGAGCUUGCCAAGACCAUGGAUGGGCUUCUAAAUACCCCACGUGAAGCACUUGCAGAGAUCCCAGAAACCUGUUGGUCCAGAUGGAAGAAGAGAGAAGACUUCUUUGAUAUUCUGGUGGACAUGCUGGAGGGAGCCCUGAACUGCUUUGAUUCAGUGAGCACCAAUCCCUUGGGGUCAUGGAGUAGCAGCAUGUCAUUGCAUGCUCAGACCCUGUCCACAGCUAUCAGGCAGGCUGAUUUUGUAAUCCCCCUAGUAAUUUUAAAGAACGCCUGUGCUCCCUUGAGGAACUGCAGCACUGUGUUUCGCUGUGGAAACCCUGCUGACAUUAUUUGCGAGCUUGAGAAGAUUGUGCCAAUAAUAGAUUCUCUAAGCAAGAUGUUGGAAAAUGUGAGUGCAGUGCAUUCUACCUGGUUUGAGGAGGCAGUGGAACUUGCUGCUAAGGUCACAGGAUUGCUUUUAUAUCCAGAAUCUGUCAGUGGCCACGAGUCUCCGGAAGUGUUCUACAAGGAAACAGUUAGCAUACCAGUUCUAAAUGGUUUAAUUGAAGAAAUGAAAUUUAACUUCUCAGAGAAUCACUUGAAAGCUCUAAAGGUUUUGUCCCUGCUGCCUACCUGUAACCCUCUACCCAUUCUCCCAGAAUCCACAGACAAAUUGCACACCAUCUACUUGAGUGAUCUUCCUGAACCAGAAACAGCUGAGGAAGACAUUAACACCUGGGCCACAGUAUGGAGGGAGAAGUACCAAGAUGUUUGUCCUCCCACCUCUAUUUCUGAGACAUUGCUCCACAGUGAAGCCAAAAACCUUCCAAAUGUUGCAACCCUUCUUAAGCUAGUGGCUGUGUUGCCUAGCAUUAGCAUGGAGUGUGAUCUAAUGAAGACCACUCUGAACUCCAUGAGGACUUUACUCAGAGAUGGUAUCUUCAGUAGGGGUAGUAAGACCGAUGCAGUUCUGUUUCUUAUGCAUCGCCAGACACUGCAGAGCCUGGAUGAAGUGAUUGAGAAAUGCAUGGAGAGUGAUCCAGAGAGUCAUCAAUUUCUUGCUCAGGUAAAAGCAAGAGUCAAUCACCUGAGAAUGGAAAGUGAGGUGAUUGCCAUGGCUCCACAACAGAUCACUGUGGAUACAAAUUGUUCUGAUUUUCCACAUGUGGCAAAGGAGGCUGUUGUUGAAGUUAGCACUUCUGCUUCAGAGGAAAUUUCAAUGGAAACCAAUGGCUCUACUGAUAUAGAAUUGGCCAAAGAAACAUCCAUGAUAAGUACACCUGACCAGCAGUCAUCUUUAACUCUUGACAGCUCUUAUAAACCCACAACUGCAGUUCAGAUCAUUACUGCUCGCAGCACACUGAUGACCAGAUCACUUGACCAACCGACAGAAUCCAUCCAAGAUGCCACUACACAAUCCACAAUAGUUGAACAAGAUAAAACUGGUGAACUGAUGGCAGAUCAAGAUGUAACUGAUAGUUCUGAAGUACUUGAUCAAUGUGGAAUUGGUAUGUCACUAACAGAAGAUCAAAGUGCAUCUAAACAGUUGAUGGCCAUGGGUCAAGGUAGAACUGAGGAGCCUGAAAUAGAACAGCAAGUUAGAUGUAGUCAGUUAGUAUCAGUCAAACAAAAUGAAACCGAUCAACCCAUGGAAGAUGAUCAGAGUGGAAAUGAAAAGUUUGUAGCUGCAGAUCAAGGUGGAACUGGCCAGCCAGCAGUAGGGGAACAAAGAGUACCUGAUACAUUCAUGGAAGCUGGGCAAGUCAAAACUGAUCAGUCUUUAGUAAAAGGUCAAGAUGAAGGUUGUCACACAGUAACAGGGUUAGCAGAUGAAGGGGGAACUGGUCAGUUGGUAUCAAGGGAUCAAAAUGGAUCUGUUGCGCUUAGGGCAGUUGGUCACGGCAUAAAUGAUCAGGUGGUCUCUGUGGAUCAAAGAGAAGGUGAUCAGGUCUUUGAAGUUGAUGAGAAUGGAGAUGAGCAGUCUGUUGCAGCAGAGCAGGGUGGAACUGACCAGCCAGCAACACAGCAUAGUGUAGCUGAGCAGUUAGCAGUUGGUCAAGUUGAAACUGAUCAUUUUGUAGUAGAAGGACAGGAAGAAUUUUUUCAGAUAGUAACAGGUUUAGGAGAUGAAGGGGGAACUGCUCAUUUUGUAACAGGGGCUCAAAUUGGAUCUGAUCAACUUGCGGCAGUUGAUGACUCUAAAAAUGUUCAGUCCAUUUUAGCAGAUAAAUGUGGAACUAGCCAAUCAGUAACUGGAGAUGAAAGUGUUGCUGAUCAUUUUAUGGUAGUUUGUCAAGUGGAAACUGAACAUUCAGUAGUAGCAGGUCAGGGUGAGGCUGGUCAGACAGAAAUAGCAAAUGAAGAUGGAACUAGUCCGUUAGUAUCAGAGGAUCAAAGUGAAUCUGAGCAGCUUGUGGUUGUUGACACUGCAAAUUAUCAGUCUGUAACAGCAGAUAAAAGUGUUACUGAUCAGUUCAUGACAGUUGGUCAAGUUGAAAUUGUUCAUUCUAUAGUAGAGGGUCAAGAUGAGGCUGGCCGGACAGAAACAGGUUUAGCAAAUGUAGGUUCACCUGGUAAAUUAGUAUCAGGGGAUCAAGGUGGAUCUGAUCCACUCAUGGUAGUUGAUGACUCUGGAAAUGAUCAGUCCGUAAUAGCAAAUCAGAAUGGAAUUGGUCAGUCAGUAACAGGAGACCAGAUUGUAGCGGAUCAAUUUGUGGUAGUUGGUCAAGUUGAAACUGAUCAUUCUGUAGUAAAGAGUCAAGAAAAGGCUGGUCAAACAGAAAUUGGGUUAGCACACGAAGGUGGAACUGGUCAGUUAUUAUCAGGGGAUCAAAGUGGAUCUGAGCACCUCAUGGUAGUUGAAUCUGGAAAUGAUCAGUCUGUAACCGCAGAUCAAAGUGAAACCUGUCAGUCAGUAAUAGGAAGUCAACAUGCAUCUCUUAACUUUAUGGCAGUUGGUGAAGUUGACACUGAUCAUUCUAUAGUAGAGGGUCAAAAUGAGGCUGGUCAGACAGAAAUGGGGUUGGCACAUGAGAGUGCAAAUAUUCAGUUGGUAUUAGUUGAUCAAAGUGGGUCUGAUCAGCUCAUGGUAGUUGAUGACUCUGAAAAUGACCAGUCUGUAACAGCAGAGAAAAAUAGAACUGGUCAGUCAGUAACAGGAGAUCAAAGUGUACCUGAUCAGUUUGUGGCAGUUGGUCAAGUUGAAACUGAUCAUUCUAUAGUAGAGGUUCAAAACGAAGAUGCUCAGACAGAAAUUGAGGUAGUGAAUGAAGAUGAAACCAGUCAGUUGGUAUUAGAUUAUCAAUGUGGAUCCGAUCCACUCAUGGUAGUUGAUGAGUCUGGAAUUGACCAGUCAUUAAGAGAUCAAGUUGCAAAUCAUCAGCACACAGUAGAAGGCCUAGGUGAAACUGGUCAGAUACUGUCAGGGGAUCAAAGUGGAACUGAUCAGCCCAUGGCAGAUGAAUGCUGUGAAAAUGAUCAGGCUGUAGUUGAACCUCAAGGCGGAACUAGUCUUUCAGGUACAUGUAAUCAGAGUGUACCUGAUGAGUUUAUGUCACUUAGUCAGGGUGGAACUGAUCAGAUAGUACCAGGGAAUACAAGUGGAAUUGAUCAGUCCAAAGCAGAGGAUCAGGCUUGUCCUGACCAGCCUAAAGUAGCUGCAGAAUAUAACACAGAACAGUUCAGUUCAGCAGCUCCAAAUGACCCAUUAACUGCGGCAGUACACACUGACCCUGUUCGGCCCUAUAUUAAUGACUAUUCCACACCUGCUUCACAUGAUAGUACUGAUCAUUCCACAGCACCAGAUUUAGAAGGCACAGACCAGUCUAAAACAACAGUUCAGGACGGCACCGACAAAGUAGCUACCCUGGAUAGCACUGGUCCUGAACUACCAGUUCUGACCCUCUAUGAUACCGCUGCCCGAGAGGAAUUAAUCAAAGAACUUUGUGACAUAAAGUUCUUUACCAUAGUGACUGAGGAAGAGUGUGAAAUUCAUGGCCAACCAUACAUCCCUGUAGGAAUACACUACCUUGACAAGCAAGAUGUUCAGUGUGAAAAUAUUUUAGCCCUUAUCCCCCUUGUCACAAACAUUGCUUCAUUUGUGGAUACUCUGACCUUUGUUCUCUCUGAGAAGUGGGGUUUAAACUUGACAUUCUGUAGAGGUCAGACCUUGACAAGACCCAGUGCCUCCGUCUCUCAGAUGAGACAGGCUUCAGCUUUGCUUUCCCAGAGACUCCCUCAUGCUUUUGGUGUCCUGAACCCUAUAACUCUGAGGGCUUUAUUAGCCAGUUCGUCCUCCCUAAGAGAGAUAAUGCAUAGUUUUGAGUGCUUGGAGCAGCUGUUAAGGUGGUUCUCUGAUGAUGUUCAGCGACGGGAAAAUUUAGAGAAAGCUGUUGUACAUUUGUUCCAACAGGACGAAAAGAAGGCCAAUGAGCUGAAAGCCAAGCUAAGCAGCAAUCAAUGGGCAAUGAGUCAUGAGAUUCUGGAACUUUCUACAGACAUUCUAGAGGCCAUCUGCCUUUGUUUGAAUGAGAUGAAAGGUAACCAUGACAAUGAGGCUAACACAUCACAGGCUCAGAGCUUCCUUUCUGCCAUCCAAAACUUUGAUUUCAUCUUGACCGUUGUGAUCAUGAAAAACAUAUCGAGGCUCACCAAAAACCUAUGCCAGAGACUUCAGGGAAAUUCCUAUGAUGUGUAUCAAGCUAUAAACAGCCAGUCUAAUUUACUGUCCUCUCUCCGUAAACUGAAGAACAGUAUUGACUCACACCAUCAAACCUGGUUUCAAGAGGCAUUUGCAUUAGCUUCAAAGCUGCAGGUCACAAUGCAUCUUUCACUACAGCCACCCGUGAAUGUGCACUACAGAGAGGAUAUCAGUAAAGGGACCAUUGAGCACUGUAUUGCUGAAGUGGAAGGGCUCUCCCAGGAUAUUCUGUCUGCUCUUCACUGCUUGCAGGUUGUGCCUUAUGUCAUGUCCAGAGUGGAAGGAUGCUGCAAGAACAUUGAGUUUGUCAAGGUUUUCCAGGAUUACCUACCUGAUCCAGGCUCCCUCAAGAAUGAGCUGCAGAAGUGGAGGGACAGAUGGCAAGACCCCAUUGCAUCUCACCAACAUCUGCCCGACACUGUUAUUGGCACUCUCAAAACUUCGGACAUCCAAUCUUUUCCCAACAUUUCAACCAUUCUCAGACUACUGGCAGUCCUGUCCUGCUUCAGCAUGCAGAGUAGUUUCAGACAGGGAAAGAUUAAAUCUGAGCUGUAUCCUCUGUAGAAGUCUGACCUUAGCUGCCCCCAAACAAGUUCUCCAUUAGGAUGUCAUACACUGCUGAAUCUUUAGAAAGGCCCACUGUAUUUUCUAAACUGUAGAUCCCAUCUGACUGUAGGUUUCAGUAUGCUUUUUUUAUUAGAGAAAUUAAUUAGACCUGUACACUUUAAUUAUAAUCACUUUAUGGUUUUAUUGAUAUAUUUUUUUCCUUUUGCAUAAGUGGCAUGGAUAAAGAGAACUGCCAAUUGGGACCAAUGUCUUUCCAAAAAAAAAAAAGAAAGAAAAGAAAAGGAUGCACUUUUGGGGGGGCUUUACUGCUUUGUGCCUUUACUGCAAAAAAAAAAAAAAACCUACAUAACUCCUUGAAUCAUCAGACAGAAAAAUUAUGGAUGGAAAAUUUCCUAAUAUCUUCAGGAACUUUAAAGGAUUUAAUCAUGUAAUCCUCUUAAAUGCAUUGGACAAAAGAGGAUCAUGUUUUAUCACUAUGAAUUAUGAUGGUUAUUUUGUAUUGUCAAAAUGUCAUCCCAUGGCACAAACUAAAAUUGUCUUUCCCUGUAUCAUCAUGUUACAAUGGUUGAUUUUUUUUUCUUUUUUUUUUGCAGUUUUAUUUAGAUGAAUAGAUUUUUCUGUAAACAUUUUUCCCAGAAGCCCUCUUCAAGAAGGAAGCAUUCAUAUAUAUUUGACUAAAAUAAACAAAUAAAAUGAUUUGAUAAGAAGCAGCAUUAA